UUUAAAAGUUUAGAUAAAAAUAUGUGAUUUUGGGUUUUUUGCCGGUUCCAAUUUCAGUUCAUUGGGCUCCCGUCCGAUCCACCGCCGACUUUCCACCACCAGAACCGCCGGAACGCAGCGGCGGAGAGGCGACUUAGACGAUGGCAAUUCGCAUCCUGAGGAAACUAAGCUCUAAACCUCCUACCUCCUGCUCCUCCGCCGCCGCCGCAACUGUCCAUCUCCGCUGCAAAACCACCUCAGCCGAGUAUGUAGCAUCGAGAGCCAGAGACAUAACCUUCGAGAAGCUCAUGGAAAAGUACAAAAACCUCUUCAGAGUCAUCGCAAUCCAAGACCUAAUCCUUGCUAGCCGAUCCAAUCCGCGAUCCGUCUCCGUGGAUUUCCUCAACCGCCUCUCUCAGAGGCUCCACCUCAACCGCGGCGCCACCGCCUUCCUCCGCAGGUAUCCUCACAUCUUCCGCAUCUUCUACCACACCGCCAAGUCUCAGCCGUACUGUGCGCUCACUGAAACCGCACUGGAAAUCGCCCGAUUAGAGGCACAAGCCAUCGAUUCCUCAAUUCCCCUUGCGGUGGAGCGAUUGGUCAGGGUUUUAUCAAUGUCGCUCACUAAAACGGUGCCGCUCCGAGCUAUUUUCAAGCUCUGGAAAGAGCUAGGGUUACCGGAUGAUUUCGAGAGCUCUGUAAUCGCAGAGAAUUCUCAUCUUUUUGCACUUGAUGAUGGAAAUGAACCUAACACUCAUGUAUUGAAACUUGUAACUGAAGUGCCAAAGGAUAGCCUUGUUGCUGCUGUUGAAAAUUGGAGGAUCAAGGAGUGUUGUGGAGAGGAUUGCAGUGUUGAUAGGACUGAAAUUCUCUAUAGUUUUAAGCAUGCUUAUCCUCCUGGAAUGAGGUUGAAGAGGGAUUUUAAGGCUAAAGUUAAAGAAUGGCAAGGGAUACCAUACAUUGGGCCAUACGAGGGAUUCGUGACCUGUGUGAAGAAGAAGAUGACUAAGAGGCAAACGAUGGCGAAGGAGAAGAGGGCAGUAGGGAUAGUUCAUGAGUUCUUGAGUUUGACAGUGGAGAAGAUGGUGGAGGUUGAAAAGAUUAGCCAUUUUAGGAAGUGGUUUGGGAUUGAUCUGAAUAUUAGGGACUUGUUUUUGGAUCAUCCUGGGAUGUUCUACUUAUCCACGAAAGGGUAUAGGCAUACUGUUUUUCUUAGAGAGGCUUACGAACGGGGUUGCCUAAUCGAACCAAACCCUGUGUACGACGCUAGGAGGAAGCUUCUUCAUCUUGUUGCUAUGGGACAUCGUGGGAUGUCUGGAGGUGUUUCUGGAGCAAAACGAGUCAGCCAUGGUGAAGAAGAGUCUGAAUUGGAAGAGGUAGAAAAUAAUUAGGGAGUGACUUGUCUAACAACACAUGAGAUUGAAGAUGACUAAGAGGCAAACAAUGGCAAAGGAGAAGAGGGCAAUUUUGGAUAAUUCAUGAGUUCUCGAAUUUGACUGUAGGAGAAGAUAGUGGAGGUUGAAAAGAUUAGCCAGUUUAGGAAGUAUUUUGGGAUUGAUCUGAAUAUAAGGGGCUUGUUUUUGGAUCAUCCUGGGAUGUUCUACUUAUCCACUAAAGGGUAUAGGCAUACUGUUUUUCUUAGAGAGGCUUAUGAGAAGGGUAGCCUAAUCGUCUAAUCGAACCAAACCCUGUGCUAUGGGACAUCGUGGGAGGAGGAAGCUUCUUAGAGGCAUAUUUUUUUUUUCUUAGAGGCAUAUUUUUUUUUUCUUAGAGGCUUACCAAAUACCAAAGGGUAAGAGUCUGAAUUGGAAGAGACAAAAUAAUUAGGUAGUGAUUUAUCUAACAGAUGAGAUUGAAUUCUUUAAAUGUUUGUCAUAUGAAUCUGGGGUUCUUUGUUUCAAUUUCAUAACACUGCUGUCAUCAAAUAUAAGCUAUUCCACUAGUCAA